AUUGAGUGUCACCUAGGAAAUCCGCUUCUCCUCUAAACAAAGCAAAUCGGUUUCCUAUCAGUGUCAUCUUGAACCCCCACCCUAAUAUACAAGAGAUAGCCAUCUCACGGCUUGGGAAGUAACACUACACGUAUUAUUGAUCGUAACAGUGUUUAUAGGCCUUAUUACCCAUUCAUUAGACGCGGGUUAAAUCCACCAAGAGAAUGCACCGCGGAAAGGAACUUGUAAGAGCCUAAGAUGGCCAGACCUGUUAAAAGCUCUAGCCAAUCAGCAAGCAAGAGGGAAGCUGAUCUGCCGGGCUGUAAGGCUAUCAGCGAGGAAACUUGUUCGGCAAACGGAGACGCCCCGAAUAAGCAGAGUAAGGAAGGGUGCAAGGUUUGCGCACAGUGUGGGAAUGGGAUCCAGUCGCAGUUCCUUCUACGCGCUCUGGAUCAAUUCUGGCACGAGGAGUGCCUGAAGUGCUCAUAUUGCUGUGGGAUGCUUAGUGAGAUGGGGCCUAAGUUCUAUUUCAGAGGGGACUUGAUACUAUGCAAAAGAGACUACAUAAGGAUAUUCGGCACCACAGGCAUCUGCUCGUUCUGCUUCAAGACCAUACCACCGCUGGAGAUGGUAAUGCGGGCUCGCCAACACGUGUAUCAUUUAGAUUGCUUCGCCUGCCAAGUGUGCCGGCACCGUUUUUGUGUCGGGGACAAAUUCUAUUUGCACCAGAACACAGUACUGUGCGAAGACGACUAUGGCGACCUGAUGAUGUGCAUGCACCAACCACAUGCUCCCUAUCACGUGAUGUCUUACUCUAACUGACACAAGGAACCCAUUCAAGUGUCAGAUGAAUAUGCGCGCACUUUUUGACCCACUUUUUAGGCUGGAGACGGGUAUUGGUGUGAGGAAGACGUAGGCAGAGAAGAAAACGCACCCUUCGCUCUGAUUUUAACAAGAACAGAAGUGCUUACGUCUCCCUCCCUCUAGUUUACAGCGUAGAGAGGCUAUACUCUUAAUGUUUUCAUGCAUGCGUAAAAACGAGACAUGGUAGUUGAUGAUGGUACAAACGAAACAUGAUAGUUGAUGAUGGUGCAAACGACAUAUCGUAAUUGUGUUGUCAGCAGGGCGCGCAAAAAUAUCGGGGCUAAUUAAGGAUCGCUUUGCAUCAUAAUUUAUUUUUGCUUGGCGACUAUAAUGCAAAUAAAUGCAAUUUUCAUUUUUAUGUUUUAGUAGGAAAAGAUUUGAAAAGGAUGGAUAAGCAAGUACUUUUUUGAGUGUCGCACCCCAACAUUGUGCCUUAUCCAUGUAAAACCAGAGGGGAGGGGACACCAUCCAAAUAGGAUGAGGUGAUCAUCGGUAAACUCAUAACCUUGACCCUCGAAAAAUAACAUCUUUAGUAUGGUAGAAGUAAAAAGAAGGACAAUA